GCCUCGAUUCCGACCAUGACAUAAUUGCCGUAUCUACAACACAAUGCAUGCCGUCCCGAGCUCACCAGUAGGGACAGCAUGUGGAAACUGUCAAUUCGUCUCUCUGCCGCCGCUGGAAGGCCCUCCGUCGCCUGCCUCACCUGCAAUCGCGCCUCGAGCACCCCCUCCAGCUCCUCGAUAGGUCCGCCCGCUCGCCAGCGACGCUGCUUCCACGAGUACUUCGUCACCCAUAUUCCCUCGUCCUCACUGCACCCCGACUCGGGGCCGCGACUCAACCACAAGCUCCCGCGCGACAAGAGCACCCCUCAUGAGACGAAGGGGGAUAGCCGCUCGCCGGCUGCGGUCGUGGGCGCAAAUCGCGACAUGACAGUCGUCCGGAUCCCGCUGAAGAGCGCGAAACACCACUUUGGCGUGUCAUUGUCGCGCGGCUCGCGGCCAUACAACGAGGAUGCCUUUCAAGCUGGCACCAUUGAGAUCCCGUCCUUCGCCAAACGGCGCCCAAUGUCCCUCACACGGAAGGGCGGCACUGGCAACGAGGUCACACCCGCCGACAGCGCCAGCGGAGACCCACAGGUCUUCUACUUUGGUGUCUUCGACGGACACGGUGGGGCUGUGUGUUCUGGCUUCCUGAGGGAGCAGCUGCACGAUUACCUCGAGAAGGCGACACAGCAGUUCGAGCUGCAGAGCAGCUUGAAGAGGGCUGGACCCUCGCUGCCUGGUAGCAUGCAUGAUCCAGAUACGACACCGGAGGCCCGAAGCGCGAAGGAUAGAGAGAGCUUGCAAGCCAUACAAACACACACGCCUCCGGGCAUUGCGAAGAUGCAACCACCGAAUGGCACGGACCCGGGAGACCUGCCUAGCAAGAAGCGGGACGGAUCGAUACCUGGCGACCCACCUAUUCCACAAUCAGACAGCAUACGCAAGGCUGAGGAGAUGGAGCGCCAGCUAGUCAGGAGCUGGAAGGAGCUGGUCGGAGGCUACUUCCGGCGCUUCAAGCCAGAGCACUUCUCCAUGUCUGCCGGCGGCAGAGGCCACCCUCACGAGAGGGAAGUCAUCACAAAGCACCAUUCGCCGAAUUCUACAGUAUCUGAUGAGACUAUUGAGGGUGUUGGCAUUGAAACAGUGCUCGAGUACGCCUUCCUGAGAGCCGACUACGACUUUGUGGCUGCGCAGGUCGGCAAAAAAGAGGAAGACCCCGUUCGUGCAGACAAGGCUAUCAACGACGACGACAUCCUCGGCCAGCCCUCGCGCGCAGGCCAGAACAUCGGCGGUACCAAGCGCUUCAAGGGUGGCAGUACAUGCAGUGUCGCUCUGAUCUCGACUCCCACACCCUCACCGUUCUGGCACCCGUCGUCACCAUCCUCGCUCAUCACUGCACACGUGGGCGACACCAGGAUACUACUCUGCAACACGGCAACUGGGCUUGCUGUGCCGCUUACAUCGAACCACCAUCCAUCACUACCUGAGGAGGCUACACGUCUGCGCCGAUUUGCUGCUGCAUUCGUGACUGACUCAUUCGGCGAAGAGCGCAUCUCCGGUCUAGCCAACACCAGAGCGUUUGGCGACAUGUCUUCAAAGCGCAUUGGUGUCUCUGCUGAGCCUGAGAUCCGUAGGGUGGAGCUUUCACCCGCAGAGUACUCAUUCAUGGUCCUGUGCUCAGACGGUGUCUGCGGGCAUCUCUCUGAUCAAGAAAUUGUUGACAUUGUAAAAGAGGCCAAGACUCCUGACCAAGCCGCCAGAGACCUUACAAGCUUUGCAGUCGAGACAUCGACUGGCAGCGAAGGUGCAGACAAUGCCACUGGGUUAGUUGUCAGGCUGGGUGGGUGGGAGAGGAGGGGUGAAGGGGGCCUAGGCAGCUUGGGCACGAAGGAGAUGCGCGACUGGAGGAAAGAGGAGGCCAACGAUCCGCGCAGAGGGAGGACAUGAGCGUCUGUACGGCUUGAAGGGUUGGGAAGGUUAGCGCGUUUGCAUAGCUCGCGCUGUCGCGUGCCCUUGAUUGUACAUACACCUGCAGGUCUCCUAGCAUUCUCUUCUAGCUUUCCGUUCAUAUCAUUUCAAUGUUCUCCGAGAAACGCAGUUUCCUGGCCGUCUGCACUUGACCAAAAUCGUGAAGCGGCGCGCCUACGGUCCAAUAACAGCGCCAUGAUUGGCAUUGCGGCAGCCACACGCGUCUGUUGAUGCGGAUCAGGG